UUUUUAUCAUAUUUAUCAUUUGAAUUUAAAUAAUAUAUAAAAAAAAAAAAUUAAUUGAGUACAUUUUAAUAUAUAAUGAAAUAUCUUUUACUGAUUAUUACGGAACAAUUAAUGUAAAAAACUUUUGUCUUCAUACUAUAAAAAAAUCUUUAAAAUGAACGUUUGACUUUUCGAAUUUUUGAAACCUCCAAUCAUGGCAAAGUUAGUUAAUGAUCCCUGUGGAAUAUUUUGUAUUAUAUUUACAUACACAUCUAUAAUAUAUGCUGAUUAUGUGGUUAUUAAUUGGAUUGUAAUGCACACUAUGCCAGAAAGCUUGUGGGCUUUAUUUCAUAUAGUACUUUUUAACACAUUUCUAUUGUUACUAAUGGUAUCUCAUUUACGAGCCAUGUGUUCUGAUCCAGGAGCAGUUCCUUUACCACAUUCAAAAAUGUCAUUAUCUGAUAUACGUCAAGGAGUUAACAGAGAAAACUGGACUAUUUGCACAAGAUGUGAAACUUAUAGGCCCCCACGUGCUCAUCAUUGCAGAAUUUGUAAGCGAUGCAUUAAGCGAAUGGAUCAUCACUGUCCAUGGAUUAACAAUUGUGUUGGAGAAAAUAAUCAAAAAUAUUUUGUUCAAUUUUUAUUUUUUGUUUGUAUCCUUUCUGCUUAUACUAUCAUAUUGGUCAUUGUGUCAUGGGUACGUGAAUGUCGACAAUGUAAAAACUAUGAUAUUGAUGUCAGACAAACUCAAAUUUUACACUCAGUUAUUUUAAUAAUGGAAAGUGCUUUAUUUGGUAUGUUUGUGGUUGCAAUAUUAUACGAUCAAAUAGAUGCAAUAUGUAGUGAUCAGACAACACUUGAACAAACUAUUUACAGACGACACAAUCCUCUUCAUAGAUAUUUAUUUUCUUACAUUUGUAGAUGGCCUAAAUUGUCUAGAACUGCUUCAAAGGUGAAUAUUCGAACAGUUUAGUGUUAAGUUUGUUUAAUAAUUUAUGUUUACCAUUUAUUUUCAUUUUAAUAUUGUGAGAUAUAGUUUAAAUAAUUAAAUUAUUUAAGUAUAUUUCAAAGACAUUGUUAAGUAUUAUCAAUUUUUAACUUUAUGUCAUCUUUGUAAUGUUUUAAUUAAAAAAUAAAAUAUAUAUAAAGAUAGCUUAUAAGUUUUUCAAUUUAAAAAUGUGAUAAAUAAAAAAGAUUCUAUUCAUUAAUAGUAUUUCAUAAACAUUAAAAUAUAUAUUGUAUAGUGCAUUAAUACAUGUGUGUUAUUAAAUGUACAAUUAAUGUUAUUUUUUUAAUUGUAGAAUGUUAUUGGUUUAUUAUUUUAUUAUUUUAUGCAUUAUAUGGAAUAAUAAAAUUAUUUUGUCAUUAAGAAGUGCAAAAAUUAAAUUAAUUUAUUUUUUGUUUA